AUGUUUCUCUCCACCUUCUCUUCGCUCUUCCCCCUGAUCCUACUCCCCUCGGUCCUAGCAGGCUUGGAAGGGAGCGUGAAGAUCAAUUUCCCUUCUACCACAUCUGCCACUCAAACCACCGAAUUGGGUGAUAUACCAAAAGAAGGUACGCGAACUAUCACAUUUAGCGAUGCGAAUGACAAGAAAAGCUUCUAUUGGUAUGGACCUACUUGGGUAGAAGAGGGGAGACCUCAAUCGGAAGAGAGAAGAAGUUGGAAACAGGAGUGCCAAGUAUGGGCCGGCAAAGGGUUCAACAAAGACAUCGAAUUUACACUUCGAACCCAAUCAGCUGGACUGGUAGGUCCCAAAGAUCAAGGUGGACAUAUCAAAUGUACGCUGGUAAGUUGUUUGAUCCCAGAGGGAAAAGGGGAAUGCGAAGGUGAAUGGGUGGUUCCAGUAGUUGAUUCUUUCACCGUCUUUGUCAUCUAG